AUGGUGAGGAGUCCAGAGUCUGCUGCUAAAAGAAGUUCCACUGGGCGCCCUGAUUGGACAUGUGUGGUUGUGGGCUUCUCCUCUGGCUAUAUCCGCUUCUACACUGAGCACGGUGUUCUGCUACUGGCUCAGCUGCUCCACGAGGACCCUGCUUUACGGCUAAAGUGUCGCACUUAUGAGAUUCCCCGUCAUCCCGGAGUAACCGAGCAGCACGAGGAGCUGAGUAUUCUCUACCCUACAUCUCUUGUCACCAUCGACGGCUUCAGUCUUUUCCAGUCGCUCAGAGCUUGCAGGAACCAGGUGGCGAGAGCUACAGCUGCUGGAAAUGAUGUUAUUCAGCCCCCUCCUCUGGCUUAUAAGAAAUGGGGUCUGCAGGAAAUGGACAGCAUCGUGGAUCAUUGCAGUGUUGGUGUGCUGGCGACGUCUGUUUUUGACCAAAUGAAGAAUGCCUCUACUCUCGGAGGCUUCAAUGCUUCCAUUAAAGGCAGCCCUCCAGCCAUGUCUCAGUACGUGACCGUGGGGAGUGGACCAUACACCGGCUUCUUCUAUGCUGUAGAAGGAAACUCUCAGCCUCUUCUGUCUCAUGUGGCUAUGGCUGUGGCCAGUAAACUCACAUCAGCGCUCUUUAAUGCAGCCAGUGGGUGGUUAGGCUGGAAUAAGAGCAAAAACAAACCGGAGGAAGAAGCUACCCAGAAGCAAAAACCAAAAGUAGAGCCUGCAACAGCACUUCCAAUCAGAUUUGGGCUCCCAGACUCUCGCCGCCACGGGGAGUCCAUCUGUCUCUCCCCUUGCAACACUUUGGCUGGAGUGACUGAUGACUUUGGUCGUGUUACUCUGUUGGACCUGGCCAGAGGCAUCGUGAUCCGAAUGUGGAAAGUGCAGCAGCCUCAGUACUGGGGUAGCGAGCCUCAUCACCUACCGCUCACCUCCACCGGUCAGCACAGCGCCCAGAGCCAGCCCCUCGUCACCGCUCCAGCGUCCCCCGACACACAGCGUGGUCGCCUGUAG